AUGUCUACACCGAAGCUCUUUAACCCAGAAAGUUAUGAACUGGACAAGGACUUUCGGCUAACCAGAUUCACUGAACUCAAAGUGACGGGUUGCAAAGUACCCCAAGAUGUUCUGCAGAAGUUGCUGGAAUCCUUACAGGAAGGUCCAGAAGCAGGUCCGUUUCUGGGAACCAUUAUGCCAAAGCUUGGCAUUGGGAUGGAUACGUGUGUCAUCCCCCUGAGACAUGGUGGCCUUUCCUUGGCACAAACCACUGAUUACAUCUACCCAAUCGUCAAUGACCCAUACAUGAUGGGCAAAAUAGCAUGUGCCAAUGUCCUCAGCAACCUCUACGCAAUGGGGAUCACUAAAUGUGAUAAUAUGCUGAUGCUCCUUGGAAUCAGCAAUAAAAUGACUGAGAAGGAAAGAGAUACUGUGAUUCCCCUAAUUAUACAGGGUUUUAAAGAUGAGGCACAAGAGGCAGAAACAUCUGUCACUGGAGGCCACACAGUAAUGAAUCCAUGGAUCAUCUUGGGAGGAGUAGCUACAUCUGUCUGUCAGCUGAAUGAGUUCAUCUUGCCACAUGGAGCUGUGCCUGGGGAUGUGCUCGUUCUGACGAAGCCCCUGGGGACACAAGUGUCCAUAAUGGCACACCACUGGAUGGACAAUCCUGAGAAAUGGAAUAAAAUUAAACAAGUGGUUACCCAAGAAGAUGUGGAGUUGGCUUACCAAGAAGCAGUGAUGAACAUGGCCAGGCUCAACCGGUCAGCUGCUGAGCUCAUGCACAUGUUCAAUGCCCAUGCUGCCACCGAUGUCACAGGCUUUGGAAUCCUUGGCCAUGCACAGAACUUGGCCAAGCAGCAGAAGAACGAGGUGUCCUUUGUCAUCCACAACCUCCCAAUCCUGGCCAAGAUGGUGGCAGUGAGCAAAGCUUGUGGAAACCUCUUCAGUCUCAUGCAUGGUACAUAUCCGGAAACCUCAGGAGGCCUUCUAAUCUGUUUUCCACGUGAGCAAGCAGCUCAGUUCUGUGCAGAGAUCAAGUCGCCCAAAUAUGGUGAAGGUCAACAAGCAUGGAUUAUCGGCAUCGUGGAGAAGGGCAACCGUACAGCCCGAGUCAUAGACAAACCCCGUGUCAUUGAAGUUGCCCCGUAG